AUGCCAUUCAAGAGAUACGUGGAGAUUGGGAGGGUAGCUCUCAUCAACUAUGGUAAAGACUACAGAAAGCUCAGUGUCAUUGUCUAUGUCAUCGACCAAAACCAAGCCUCAAUCGUGACCCCUAACAUGGUAAUGGGCAAAGAAAAUGAUCGAAAAAAGAUCAAAGCGAUCGUCAUGGUAAGAAUUCUUGCCGAAAAAAUUAGAAUCGGGGAAGUAGCGCAUGGGGAAAUUAGCCGAAGAGAGAAGAGUAGGGUCGGCAGGGAUCAAGGACACUUGAAUCCCAAGCCAACAGAGCCCAAAGAUAGGAUCUCCCAUCAGAAUAUCCUCUCAGAAGAAGCUAAUACUCAUCUGGUCGACUCUCUACAAAGAUCGGUCACCGAAAACCAGAAAUUACAAGAACGAAUAAGGCAGCUGGAGGACCAACAGCACAUCCUUGGAAGAGAAGUCAAAAGGCUAAAGGAAGAAGCAAUGGCCGAAAAGACGGAGUUUGAGGAGCAAGAAACGCGGUGGAAAAAGGAAAAGAUCUCUCUCCUAGCUGCAAUAAAAGAGGCAAAAGUUUAG